GGGGGGGGGCAGAGAAUAGUACAGGAAAGAGCAGCCAGGUCCUGCCAGCAGAGGGUCUGUGCACCAGCCUAGGGCUCGGCGCCCAGCGCGGAUGUCCUCGUACACACAGCUGAUCCAGAGACAGGAGGGAGCAGCCCAGACCCCUUCGCUUUUCCUUGUUUGGAAAGUUUCCUUCUACCGUUGGGCUCAGCUGAGAGACUCAAGCUUGGCUGUGUUGGUCCCAAGCUGGCGCAUCCUGGCCCUGUUCCUCUGAGGACCUGACUCUGACCUUGCCCUGGGUGCCCCGAAACGCCGCACCCUCUGCCCAGAAGCAGGAAAAUUGUUGUGACUCCCAGACUCCCUUGGAUCCUUCCACUCUUCCAGCCUGCAGCAUCCAGACUCCUCGCGGCAUUGCCCUGGGGCUUUGCCACCUCCAGACAGUACUGAAGGGCUCCGUGAGCUCCCCCAAUGUUUGUAGCCCUUCCCUGGGUAGGCAGCAUUUGAGAGCCCCAUCCAGCCGCACCAGGAAGCUCACCUUGUGCUGCCCUCAUGCAGAGGCUCAGAGUGGAGCUAGCAGCAGAAGCUGCAGGUGGGUCUGAUGAAUGCUCGAUGGAUGUAGCGCAGAGACCGGAGGCUGGGCUUAGCUUCCCAGGGCUGCUGAUGCCAUGUGCUGGAUAACUGGGGGUGUAGGCCCAGAAUGGGCAGAGGCCGCUUCGUUGUUGGUUUCUCUGAAUUCUGUGGGAGCCCUGCUGUCAGCACGAGAUGGAAGGGAAACACAAACCGGGAAACAAACGAACCAACGUGCGGACAGGCCCAGUGUCCCAAAGAGAGUUGAGGAUUCUGAGCCCUGCAUCCUUGCUCCCCCCACGCCAAGGCUAGUUCAUCCCUGCUCUUGACCUGCCGCAGUACCACCCUGGAAGCUGCCUCUCCCGUGCCGUGUGCUCAGAACGUUGUUGACCGUCUGGCCUUCUGCUCCAUCUGUCCAUCCCCCCCUGACUGCACUGGCUCCUCUUCAGAGCUUUCCCCUCUGCCCAGUGCUGCUCUGCUCACCCAGUGGAGCCCUGUGGUUCCUGCACCCCCGUGUCGCCGCCCACGGCACAGCCCACCCCUCAGAGCUGGUCAGAUGCAUGAGAUUUUGGUACCAAAUGGGCUGUGGGGCAAAUUGAGACAUUUCCAGAGAGCAGAGGACCCUGCAAUGCAUUCUGUUCGCAUGCUAGGGCAUGAUUCUGGGCACCACGUUUCAAGAAAGAUUUGGAGAAGCUCCAGAGAAGAGCAACAAGAAUGAUGAAAGGUCUAGAGAACAUGACUCAGGAGGGAAGAUUGAAAGAAUUGGGCUUGUUUAGUUUGGAAAGGAGCAGACGGAGAGGGGACAUGACAGCGGUUUUCAGAUGCCUCACUCCCGAAGAUACCGCUCGUCGGAGCGCAGCAGCCGUGGCAGCUAUCGCGAGCGCUACAGGAGUCGCAAGCACAAGCGGCGGCGGACGCGGUCCCGGUCGAGCAGCAGCGCGCGUGAGCGGCGGCGCCGGCGGGAAGCCAGCUACCACGUUCGCUCCAGGAGCUAUGACGACCACUCUUCGGACAGGCGAGCCUAUGACAGGCGCUACUGUGACGGCUACAGGCGGAAUGACUACAGCCGUGAACGAGGGGAUGCCUACUACGAUGCUGAGUACCACCACUCGUACGAGUACCGGCGCUCCCGGGACCAUGACGGCAGCUACCGGAGCUGCAAAAGCAGCCGGCGUAAUAAGCACAGGCGGAGACGGCGCCGCAGCCGGUCCUUUAGCCGCUCCUCGUCGCAGCGGAGUCGACAGAGCAGCAGAAGGGCCAAGAGUGUGGAGGACGACGACGAGGGGCAUCUGAUCUAUCGCGUCGGCGACUGGCUACAAGAAAGAUAUGAGAUUAUUAGCACCCUAGGGGAAGGCACGUUUGGCAGAGUGGUGCACUGCGUGGAUCACCGGAGGGCGGGUACCCGCGUCGCUCUAAAAAUCAUAAAAAACGUGGAGAAGUAUAAGGAGGCUGCUCGGCUGGAGAUCAACGUGCUGGAGAAAAUCAAUGAGAAGGAUCCAGAGAAUAAGAACCUGUGUGUGCAGAUGUUUGACUGGUUCGAUUACCACGGCCACAUGUGCAUCUCCUUCGAGCUGCUGGGCCUCAGCACCUUCGACUUCCUGAAAGACAACAACUACCUGCCCUACCCCAUCCACCAAGUGCGGCACAUGGCCUACCAGGCGUGCCAGGCUGUGAAAUUUCUGCAUGACAAUAAACUCACCCACACGGACCUCAAACCCGAGAACAUCCUCUUUGUGAACUCGGAUUAUGAGCUCACCUAUAACCUGGAAAAGAAGCGCGAUGAGCGGAGUGUGAAGAGCACGGCCAUCAGGGUGGUGGAUUUUGGCAGUGCGACGUUUGAUCACGAGCAUCACAGCACCAUCGUCUCCACCAGGCAUUACCGAGCCCCCGAGGUCAUACUGGAGCUCGGCUGGAGCCAGCCCUGUGACGUGUGGAGCAUCGGCUGCAUUGUCUUCGAGUAUUACGUGGGCUUCACCCUCUUCCAGACUCACGACAACCGGGAGCACUUGGCCAUGAUGGAGAGGAUCCUGGGGCCGAUUCCUUCCCGGAUGAUCCGAAAGACCAGGAAGCAGAAGUAUUUCUACCACGGCCGCCUGGACUGGGACGAGAACACCUCUGCAGGCCGCUACGUCCGGGAGAACUGCAAACCGCUGAGGCGGUACUUGACGUCUGAGGCGGAGGACCAUCACCACCUCUUCGACCUCAUUGAGAGCAUGCUGGAGUACGAGCCCUCGAAGCGCAUCACCCUGGCUGAGGCCCUCAAGCACCCGUUCUUCGACACACUGAACACAGAGCCGAGCACAAAAGUGUGGGACUCGAGUCGAGACAUCAGCCGGUGACGUGGCGGGUGCCCGUCUCUCCGAUUCUAGCCCCCGUGGAGGCCUGUGUGAUUUCUAUUUGGACACUUGGUGCUUUUUUUAUACAAAAAAACAAAAACAAAAAACAACCAACAAAACCCCCGAGCC